GUGAUGGCUGUCAAUAAUUCUCGCUGGUGAGUAAUAUUUGACUCAUUUUUUGGACUUUCCCAGCAGUGGGCAGCCGCAUCAGUACUGUCUGUCGCACUUUGAUGUGUGAGUGUGAGUGUGAGAUGUAUAUAGCAAGUAAGUGGUAGUGAGUCUUGGUGGUGCAUCCAUCAAGCAGCUGACAGGGAUGGACCACAGUAGUAUCUAUAACAACAAGUCAUAUAAACAGAAAAAAAAGGGAAAGCCUCCACCGCCUCCUGGCUCAGAAUCGGACCAGAGUAUCGACACCAACAGCCUAUCUGCCGAAUCUCAAGAUGCAGGUCGAUCCCCUAAUAGCUCCCACAAGACAAGAAGCAAGAAAGGUGAAUGGGAAAUUCUUGAGGGUCUCAAAGAAGGACAGAGGUUUGACCUGGUCCCACGAAAAUUUGAAGGCUUCCUACUUAAACGUCGCAAGUGGCCUCUCAAAGGAUGGCACAAGAGAUAUUUUGUGCUGGAUAAGAGUAUCCUGACUUAUGCCAAGUCUGUAGCUGACUUGGUACGAGGGAAGAUUCUCGGCAGGAUGGACAUUGGAAUGUCUGUGAUCUCGACGAAGGCUCGGCGGCGGCGCAUUGACAUUGAUGCCGAUACUCUCAUUUUCCAUCUCAAGUGUAAAUCACGAGAGGUAUAUCUGCAGUGGGUUGAGCAGCUUAAACAACAUCGACUCCACAAGCAACAUCAAAUACUGUACAGUAAAGACCAGACUAAGCUUACAUCACCCACCUCACCCUCUGAUGACUCACCUACAGAUCCGCUUGUGCCAGGCAGUCGAAGUUCCUUACCCAGAUCUCUACCUGGGUCACAUUCUGGCACUAUUGGUCGGGAAGGGAAGUCCAACACAGGGACCACAUUGACUGGAGCUGCUGCAGGUGCUGGAACACUGCGAUCAUGGCUGAUGGACAGCUCUGGGCUCGACCAACUAACUAAAGAAAUCACCACAACGCAACACCACGUCCAGCAGUUGGCCCGUCUUCUUGACUCCAUUGAACACCAAGACGAUAUUAGUCAUGGAGAACCUACAACACCAUCAACAAAAUCAAGAAGAAAAUUUCGUUUGCGCAAACACAAAUCUAAUAAAUCAACGAGUGGGGAGAUAACCAUCAGCACGAGUCCUGGGAAAGGUGCCCCUGAUCAAAUUGAUGCUGUCGUACCUUCACUGCAGGUGGAUGGUAAUCUAUGUGAGCUGCGACCACUGAGCAGCAGUAACCCAACCCUGGCGCUGCAUAGUGCUUGUUGGCAUCCAUCUGCCUCUCGUCCCCAUAGCUACUCUGAUGCUUCCACUGCUAUUCUGGGAGGGGUUCAACCUCCCAAUACCCCAUCACCAACUUCACAGAGUCAGCAUCAAGCAACCAAUCCCCCCACCAUCACAUUGUCUAUGGAGAGCACUUCUCGGGAAGAUUUUACUAUACUGGCUAAGGAAGUUGUUAGUCAGGUUGGGCAAGUUCUACGCGGUAUCCAGACUGAGAGAGAAAAGCUCCGUCAAGCUCUCGAGUCUGAAACUAAUCUUCUAGCAUCUCAUAACACCACAACAAUUAUUGCUGCACUAAGAAACUCUCUUAAUCAGGCCUUGCAACAAAAUGCAGAACUGAGAGGUCGCUUGGCCAGGAUUCACGCCGACUCUGACUUGUCCGAUAUCUCAGUGCCGCCAUCAAUGUCCGAACUUCUCCACAAAUCACUGCAUACAUCCCUGUCGUACGAAAGCAGCUCGUGCUUUAGUGCCUCAGAGUACUUUGAUGCUGCCGAUGCCUUUAGUGAUGCUGGAGCGACAGACACCAGCUCUGAGGCCUCCUCAGAUAACAGCUCCUUCACCAGUGAUGCAAGCGAUGCUGGGACUGAUGCUCAUCCUAGUGUGGCUGACAGUGAGGACGUCACAGCAGAAAUUGAAGAAGACGGCAAGUGUUUCACGGGCCGCAGAACACGUCUUCCCGCCCCCAAGCCUCUCACCGAAGACUUCUCUGUCUGGAACUUUUUAUACAAAAAUAUUGGCAAGGAUUUAUCCAAAGUGUGUAUGCCAGUUACUUUAAAUGAACCUCUCAAUAUGCUACAAAGGAUGUGUGAAGAACUGGAAUACAGUGAACUGUUAGACAAAGCUGCAGGUUUGGAAGAUGCCGGAGACCGCAUGGUUCAAGUAGCAACCUUUGCAGUCUCCUCGUAUGCUUCAUCAAUAUACCGUGCGGCUCAUAAACCCUUUAAUCCUCUACUUGGAGAGACCUAUGAGUGCAUCAGAGAGGAUAAAGGCUUCAGAUUUGUGGCUGAACAGGUAAGCCAUCACCCUCCAGUCAGUGCUUGCUAUGCUAAAAGUCACAACUUCACGUUCUGGCAAGACAUUCGCAUCAAGACCAAGUUCUGGGGCAGGUCUCUGGAAUUCCAACCAACUGGUAAAGUUCACUUGAUAUUAGGUGAAGCGAUAGAUACAGGUAUGGAGGACCAUUACGAGUGGAACAAGGUCACAACAUGUGUUCAUAACUUAUUCGGUGGAGGCCAGAGAUGGGUUGACCAGUACGGAGAGAUGAUCAUCAAGAACACUAACAAUGGUCUUGUCUGCAAGCUCUCAUUUGUCAGAGCUAGUUCAUGGUCAGCAAAGCGUCACGAAGUCUUCGGCACUGUCACAGAUGUCGAUGGACACGUUAUACACAACCUGUUUGGAAAAUGGACUGAGGCUCUUUACUGUGGACAUGCACCUUCGGCACGUGUGGUAUGGCGCCCAGGAAGCAUGCCAGAAGAUUAUCAUCUCUACUAUGGGUUCACUCGGUUUGCAAUGGAGCUGAAUGAGUUAGACGAUGAUCAAUCUAAAUAUCUACCUCCUACAGACACUAGAUUUAGACCUGAUCAAAGGUUACUGGAGGAAGGUAACAUGUCCGCAGCCGAGGUUAUGAAAACUCAGCUCGAGCAACAACAACGGGAGAGACGCAAAAAUCGUGAAGAAACAGGUGUUGAACAUGUACCUAUGUGGUUUAGACGUGAAAUGGAUUUUAGCAAAGAAGAGUCAUGGGUAUUUACCGGUGAGUAUUGGAACAAACGCAAGGAACCAGGAUUUAUUAACAUGACAUUCGAGAAACUAUGGUAGUAAGUAACUGAAAAAUUUAAUUAUUUUUUGACGUAUGAAGUUAUGUAUAUUUAUAUUUUAUCUGCUGGUAGAAGACCAGAAAAAUAAAAAAGAUAUAAAUCAGAAAUUUAGCAAUAUCAGACAUUAAUGCAGUAAUUCUGAAGCAUUGUGUAGUCUUAGCAAGCGCACCUUGCAUAUAAUAAUACAGUGGACCCCCGGUUAACGAUAUUUUUUCACUCCAUAAGUAUGUUCAGGUGCCAGUACUGACCGAAUUUGUUCCCAUAAGGAAUAUUGUGAAGUAGAUUAUUCCUUUCAGACCCCCAAACAUACACGAACAAACGCACUUACAUAAAUACACUUACAUAAUUGGACGCAUUUGGAGGUAAUCGUUAUGCGGGGGUCCACUGUAAUUAUAUUCAAGAGUGACAGUAGAAUCAUCUGAAUCAUAAGAAUGACAGUAUGAUAAAAGAGAGAGUAUAAUCAUCAGGAUGGUAAGAGUGACAGUAUGAUAAAAGAGAGAGUAUAAUCAUCAGGAUGGUAAGAGUGACAGUAUGAUUUGUAUAUUGCAUAUCAAAAAUUACUAUUUUCAAGAAAUGUAUGAUCCGUGGUACUUUACACUAUCACUUAAGUGUAACUGCACACAUUUCUAUCCUCUUAUUGAUUCAGAAUUUGAGUAUAUUCAUGAUCAUACACACUAGAAAAGUGAUGUGCUUUCAGCUGAGACUUACAAGUAUGACAGAUUCCAGACUCUUACCAGACACUGGUAUCCUGUUUAUGCAACUAUAGUAUAUUAUUGAAACUCUGGUGAUUCUUGUGACUUACAGAAGUCUUUGAUGCAGAAGCAAUAUACAGGAGUGCCCCGCACUUUUUUUCAGUGUUCUACGUUUUUGUUGGCUUUUAAUUGAGCCAUUGUUCCAUCUGCCAGUGCCUAUUGCCAGCGGUGGAACCUAAUGAACAAUGGCUUAAUUUGAAAUCGACGAAAACAUGGAACACCGAAGAGGUGGUGGUGUGUAUGUGAGGCCCUCCUGAGAAUUAACUCUGUACCCUGUUUUAGGGAUUACAGUAUUCUUGACUGAUGGUGUACACAUGACACUCAGCCUUAAUGACCCUUGUUCAGUCAGUAGGCUUUAAACCUAACAGUUCCUGGAGACAAACACUUGUAAUGUGAGUUUUUACGUCUGUUGCGAGAAUUUUGUCUCCAAACACGUACCUCUUUCGUACCAUAUAUUAUGCAAAUAUGGCGAACAAGCGAUAUGAGAUGCAAAACAACCAAGGGGAGAGCUGAAUGAUAGCUCUGGUCCUUUCAUGUUGCAAUCCACACAUCAGGAGCUUGCAAUGAUGCAGAAAAGAGGAGGAGGAGGUCCAAGCAAAUACGCCCUUGCUGGAGCUAGGGCAUUCCUUGUGACUGUAUUUUCUUGGGCCACCACCCCUUUUCUGCACUGCAUACCCCUGAUGUGUUGAUUGCAACACGAAAGGCCUAGAGCUAUCGUUCAUCUUCCCCCAUGGUUGUUUUUCAUACUAUACAUUAUCUGAUACAUCACAGUGCUCUGUAUAUUUAGCAUUCACUACACUUUUGAGUAAACAAAAUACAGUAGUUUCUAUACUUUUCAUGUUAUUGAAUUCCUGACUGUUUUCCUCAUAGACACCUGUGUUAUAAUCAGAGAUGCAUUCCUAAGCAAUAAUAUUUUGCAUCUGAUCUCACUUGAUUUUACCAUAGAUAUUUGUCCAGUAUUUUGCAUUUAGUACUGCUGCUUCUUACUAAUGUUAAAUAUUGUUUAAAUAAUGUAUACAUGUGGGGGUAAGUGUAUACAUGUUAAAGAGUGCUACAAUACAAUAGUAUACAGUAAAGUAUACACCAGUCUGGUAUACAGAUCAGUAUAGAGUAUAGUAUUUACCUUGAAUGCUGAUGGUGUUUGGCUCGCUGGAAUUGAUGUUUCUUGCUAAUCUGAAUCAGUUAAGAGAAGUAGAGGAUGAUGGAAUUAGUUGGGAGAAUCUGGGUAUUUUUCAGCAGUUGUGGCAACUUGGAAGUUCAUGUGACUGGGAUUACUGUGGAGCUUAAGUAAUUUUAUGUGACUGGGAUUAUUGUGGAGCUUAAGUAAGUUUAUGUGACUGGGAUUAUUGUGGAGCUUAAGUAAGUUUAUGUGACUGGGAUUAUUGUGGAGCUUAAGUAAGUUGAUGGCACUGAUGAUUUGCUCAGAAAUAUCUAUAGCAUUUUGUUCAGUUUUGUUGACUUUUACUGUAACAUAUUGGACAGUUCCUUCUGUCAACACACCGGCCGCAUCCCACCGAGGCAGGGUGGACCACCGAGGCGGGGUGGACCACCGAGGCGGGGUGGACCACCGAGGCGGGGUGGACCACCGAGGCAGGGUGGACCA